AUGAAAAAGGGAGCAAAGAAAUAAAAUAAUAGAGAAUCUGAACUUUAACAAAUUGAAGAAAUCAAAUUAGUUGAAAUAUAUGGUAAUAAUAAAUAUAUUCUAGAAUCUAUGAAUGAUCCAGAUAUUGAAUAAUCUAGUGUAAUAAUUAAAUUAGAAGAUUUAUUGCUUGAAAGUCCAUAAGGAGUUUUACUUAGUUUUGUGUCUUUUUAUUUAAAGUUGGUUGGAAUGGAUCAUUGUAAUCAAUAUUUGAAGGGAUUAAGCCUUGCAAAAGUCAAUUUAGAAGAAAUAAUAAAUAAAUUAGAAUCACUCUAACUUGAAAAUUAGUCUAAUUUAAUUGAUGAAUAAUAAUGCUAAUUAAUUGAAAAUAAUAAAGUCUUAAGACAAUUUUUUGAUACAUUAUUCUCAACCUAAACUUAAUUACCUUUCUAAUGUGAAGGCUUUUUCAAAUAUACAUAUAAUUGGCUUACAAUAAUCUCCUAAACUAAAUUUCGAACUGCUAGAUAAGCUGCUUUAGAAGUUAUAGAUUUAAUAAUUAAUUCUACAUCUAAUUUCUUACAAUUUAUAAGUAUAAUUUUAAUAAAUAAACUAUAGAAAAUGAAUAGGAAUUGAAAGAAGUAACUAAAUUUAUAAAUAAUAUUUUUGAAUAUUUAGUAACUAAUAGAACUUAAGAUGUAUAAACUUUAAUCAAGAAAAAAGCUAUUCAAAUACUUUUUCAUUCCUUUUAGAAUUCAGAUAUUCCUACAGAUCCCUAUUAUAGUUAUUUAGGAUGUUUAUUUCUAAGUGAAAAUCAUGAAUGCAGAGAAUCUGCUUUAAAUGAAUUAGAAAAAAUUUUAAAAUCUUUAAUUGAAAGUAAAAAAUCCUUAUAACCAAUAAUUGAUUUUCUACAAGAAGAAUAAGAGGCUAUUAUGAGCUUAAUAUUUGAUCCUAAUGAAAGUGUUCAAUUAAAAUUAAUCAAUUUCCUAAAAGUAUAAUAAUUAUUUUAAUAUUUUAUAGCUAUUUUCAAAAAAUACAAAUGUAGUGAGUAAUUUUUUUAAAACCAAGACAUGUUAAGCGUUUAUUAGAAUAUUAUUUGCAAAAAAUCUAAGAAUAAGAUAUGAAUCCUCAUUUUUACUACAUUUAUUUGAAAAACCAAUUAAAAGUGUAUUUAAAUUAACUGAAUUUUACUUGACUUAUGCACCUUUUGAAAUUUAGAGUUAUGAGGAAUGCUAAAAUUUUAUAUUUUCUUUUGUUCAUAGUCAUCCUUUUGUCUGUUUACCAGAACAAUACUCUCAAUUUUUUGAAGGAGAAUAAUAAGAAUAAUUCUAGCUUAUGGGUUUUUAUUUUUAUGCAUCAAUAUUAUCAUAUCAACAUACUUAAACUAAAUUCUGGUGGUUAGAAGAUAAAGAUGAAGAAAUUAAAUUUACAGAUCAAUUUACAAGUUACUUUUUAACUAAAGCAAAGAUUUCAAUUGAUUUGGUUGAUGAGGUAUAUAUAUUAAAUUUAUGAUCUUUUAGAAUUUACUAUUUCCUUAUCUACAUAUCUAUUAAAACUUAAACUCUAAAUUAAUACCUCUUAAGGAUAUGAAAGCAAUUGCUAUUAGUGUGUAAAAGAUUUUUCAAAAAAGUUAAAAUAUUGGUAUAAUUAAUUAAGUUUGUAAAAUGAUGUUUAUAUAUCAAUAAUAACAAUAAGAUUCAGAAGUAGUCAAAGAUUGUAUAAAAGAAUUAGUAAAAUAUGGUAUUAAGGUAUAUAAAGAAAAAUUAAAUUUUUUAAAUAUUUAGAAAAUUGAAUGUUUAAUUAAACAAAAUUUAGUAUUUCCAAAAUAAAUCUUAAAUCCAAUUAGCUCAAUUUUUGAAAAUAAAGAUGAAAAAUCAAUUAUAAUUAAUGCAAAUUUAUUGGCUAGUUCACUUCAAAAUUAAAUUAGAAAUCUAUUAAGUUCUAAUAAACCUUAAGAAAAUGAUCAUGAAAUUAAUUAUAAAGAAAUAAGAGAUCUAUUUUUUAAUUAUUGCUUUUAAAUUUUAGAAAAUAAAAAUAAAGAUCAAUAACACAUUACUAUUUUAUAACUUGUUAUCAAUAAUUUAAUUUAUACUAAUAAUUUUAAAUUAUAAAGAUUAAACUUAUAAUAUUACAUAUCUUCAUAAACUUAUUAAUUAUUGUACAUCCAUUUUCAUAAUUUUGUACUUUCUGAAUUAUCUAGAUAAGUUAAAUUAGAAAAAGAAAAAUAAAAUGAUUUUAAAAGAAGGAAAAGUCGCACUUUAAUUGAUAACUUACCUUAAAUAAGUAAUAUAUAAAUGGAAUUAUUCAACAAUUCAAUAAAAUUAAUUAAUUAAUGUCCUUCAAUACUAAUAAAUAAAGAAUUUGGUAUUCAAUUCUUAUCUUAUUUAUUUGAAUUAAUAAAAUCUAGUUGUUACUUUAGUGAUUUAAAACCAACAAUUUUAACAUCCAUUUCAUAAUCAUUAUAAAAAGUUAUAGAAAAUGAUUAAUAUUUUAAAAAAGAGGAUUUUUGGAAAUUUAUUGUUGAUUAUUCCUCAAUUUAAUAUUAAUCAUAAAGUGAAGAAAAUUUUAAUGAAUUUGUAAAAUUAUGUAUUAAUUCUUAUAUUGCUUCUGUUAAUAAAUUAAAUGUUAAUGAAAAGAGAAUGAAAUUUAUUAAUCAUUGUGCUGAAAUGAUUCAAAUAGGAUUUUAAGAUGUAUCCAAUAUAUUUUUAUUUGGAUUAUUAACCCAUAUAUUUCAUAAACCAACAAAAUUAUUGAAAACUCUCUAAAUUGACAAAUUAACAUAUUAAAAAUUUUAUGCAUUUUAUGAAUCUAAGAGUUCAGAAUAUCAUCAAAGUAAUAAAUAAGAAGAAGAGAAAAAAGAAAUCUUAAAAUCAGAGUAAUAAUUAAGAAAUAGAUUAAAAUAAUAAACAGGAUUGACCACUAAAGAGAUAAACAAAAUAGUUAAUAGAGUAUCAAAAAGUCCUUAAAAACUUAAUGUUGUCUCAAAAUGUAUAGUAGAUAAUAGUUAGGUUAGUAAUAGUAAAGAAAAAUUUAAAUAAGACUCUGAUGAAGAAUUAGAAAUCCCUUUUUCAAAAUAAAAAGCAACAUAAUGA